AUGCCGAAGUCUGCAUACGACCCCUUAUCUGCCAUUACCGAGGAGCUAUCACAUUUGAAAUCCUCCCUCUUCAAGCUGCUGGGCUCGUCUCAUCCUAGUCUCGACACUGUCGCCAAAUAUUACUUUCAAGCUGAAGGGAAGCAUAUCCGACCGCUCCUUGUACUGCUCAUGGCGCAAGCGACGAACGGACUCGGAGGGCGAUCCUGGCAAAAAGCUAGAGAAGAUAACUGGAGGAGAGGGGUAGAUGAUUCGUUGACAUCUCAAGGCGGGGUUCUAAACGACUGGAACCCAGAGUCCAUGGGUCCCGAACCUGAAGGCAGCAUGGUUUUUGCAGAGCCAUUCCGAUUGCCUAGCGCUUCCACUUCGACCACUUCGACCUCCACGAGCUCUGCCUCAUCACAUCAUCCUCAUGUUCGGUCACUACAUCAUCAACCACAUAUGGCUCAAUCGUCCUCGUCAAUAGAUCCAAUAGACACGAUAGAAACCUCCGAUCGACCUGAAAUUCUCCCCACUCAAAGACGUCUCGCUAGUAUCACUGAAAUGAUUCACGUCGCAUCUCUGCUGCACGACGACGUCAUUGACUCCUCACCCUUGCGCCGGGGCACACCAAGUGCACCGAAUGCGUUCGGCAACAAGCUCUCGAUCCUCUCUGGCGAUUUUCUCCUGGGUAGAGCAUCUGUUGCUCUUGCCAGACUUGGCUCCAGAGAGGUCGUUGAGCUACUGGCAACGGUUAUCGCCAACCUAGUUGAAGGCGAAGUCAUGCAGCUGAAAGCUACAACCGAGCCUGAAGAAGCUCCCACCAAGAAAGGAUUCGAGGAGUACAUGAGGAAGACCUAUCUCAAAACUGCCAGUCUGAUGGCAAAGUCGGCUAGAGCCGCAGUUAUCCUUGGAGGCUGUGGAGGACGGGACGGAGAGUGGGUGAAAGACGUCGCGUACGGCUAUGGUAGAAAUCUAGGCAUUGCCUUCCAGCUCGUCGACGAUGCUCUUGACUUCAACCCUGCAGCUGCGAUGGGCAAACCAGGUCUAGGGGCAGAUUUAUCUCUUGGUCUAGCCACUGCUCCUGCACUCUUCGCAUGGGAGACUCAACCGGAUCUUGGACCCCUGAUACGCCGGCGAUUCUCGGAGCCUGGCGAUGUCGAACACGCUCGUCAGCUCGUGAGCCAGAGCGAUGGUAUCGAAAGGACGAUCGACCUGGCUAGAAUGUUCGCUCGGGAGGCCAAGACUCUCGUUGGCAUGUUGCCAGAGACUAAGGCUCGCGAAGCUCUUAUUGGACUGGCUGAUAAAGCUGUGGAGCGGCUCAAGUGA